AUGGCGGCUUCUACAACGUAUCGACACUUUAAGGUCUCGGUGCCCCACGAAUAUGUCGCUCACGUUGAAAUCAGCCGGGCUGACAAGGUGAAUGCCUUACAGAAAGAGCUUCGACAGGUCUUUGAUGACCUCUCAGAGGAUGCUUCCGUGCGGGCGGUUGUGCUGUCGGGCGCCGGGGAUCGGGGCUUCUCUACAGGGCUCGACUUAGUUGCCGCCCAGUCUCCUGGCACCCUCUUCAAUCCGCUCCCAGAAGACAUUGCGGAUGGUGCACGAUACGCGGCACGGGUCCGAAAGUUCGCUGUCCGCGCGCAGGACUGCGUGACGAGCAUUGAGCGCCGUCAUCUGCGUCCUGCAUGGCAUCACGAGGGGCUGGCCGUCGACAUUGCUACGUGUGCCGACCUAUGGCUGUGCACGUCCGACGCGACAUUCAGCGUCAAAGAGGUCGAUGCGGGACUGGCGGCCGACGUGAGCACCUUGACCCGGCUGCCCAAGAUUGUCGGCUCAUACGCUUGGGUCAAGGAGGUCUCGCUGACCGCCAGGGUCUUCGGGGCGGACGAGGCCCUCCGUGUGGGUUUCGUCAACAGCGUCUGGCCGACCAAGGCUGCCGCACUUCACGAAGCUCGCCGCAUCGCGGUCGUCUUAGCAAGCAAGAGCCCGGUGGCUGUACAAGGGACCAAGAACUUCCUGGACUGGUGUCGUGACCACGACAUUACCACCGGCUUGAGGUAUACCGCCAUGUGGAAUGGCGGCGCCUUGAACACCAAAGAUGUUCCCCAUGCGAUCGGAGCCAUCCAGGGCAAAUACAAACCCAGAUUUGAGAAAUUGUGA